AUGGCUGUUGAGGCCUGUGCUACUCCUAAUCUGAUGGAUGAUAUGGAUGAUGAUGAUGAGGCGCCCAUGGUUUUUAAAAGAAGUAGUAGCUCAGCAUCAAAGCAAAACCCAGAGAAGAAGAAACCGUCUUCUCAGAAGCAUAAUUCUGAUACACGGCCAGAAAACGGGGAAAGCUCCCGAGCAGAGAAGGGUAAACCUGGGUCCUCUGUCAGGACUCCACCAGUUAAAUCACCACUGACCAGUCCAAAAGCAUCGAAUCCUUCAGGCAAGGCAUCACCAAUUACGACUCCUGGAACGAGUUCGAAGACAUCCUCUUCAGCGACUGAUACAAGAAAACCCCACAACCACGAAAGAUCUCCCAUUGUUGCUAAGCCGUCAAAGCCUUCAGCUCCUGAUGCUAAUAAUAGUAAUGCCAAGGAAUCUGAUGAUGAGAAACCAUUGAGCACUAGGUAUUUGGGUGGCACAUCUAAGGGAGCUCCUAAUCAGGCAAAUAAGAAGAUUAACGAUUCCAGUCCAGUUCAAAAGCCAGUUGUCCAUGAAAGUGAUGAUUCAGAAGAUGAAAAACCUCUGUCUCACCGGCGUCCAUUGAAGUCUAGUUUAGGAGGAUCUACUAGCUCAUCAAAAGUUCAAGAAAAUGGCUCUGCUUUGAGGGUUGGUUCAGCGAAUAAGCCAUCCUCGUUGUCGAAUAAAAGACCUCCAGGUGAAGUGAAAUCUGCAAAUCAGUCUUCAGUAAAGAAACCGAAGCUUUCAAAUCCAACCACUUCAAUAAGCAAAAAGCCAAGUAUAAAAGCGGAACCGAAGGUUGAGGAUGAGGACGAUGAUGUUCCUUUAUCUCAAAGGCCGAAGGCACAAGGUACAAGUGUGAAACCGAAGGAUGAGGACGAUGAACAUGUUCCUCUGAUCCAAAGAACUAAGAAGCCAUCUGCAGCUUCUGGUAGUAAACAGUCGGCAGCUGUAAAAAAGGUCGUAUCAUCUUCUCUGCAAAAAGUAAAUAAGAAGUCUAAGAAGAUGAUGAAAAAAACAUCUUACUCUAAGUCCUCUAAAGUGCCUCCUAGCUCUGGUGAAGGUCAAAAGUGGACUACUUUGGUCCACAAUGGUGUGAUAUUUCCCCCUCCUUACCAGCCUCAUGGGGUUAAAAUGCUUUACAAGGGGCAGCCUGUCACCCUGACCCCUGAACAAGAAGAGGUUGCAACAAUGUUUGCUGUGAUGUUAGAUACUGAGUACAUGAGUAAACCUCGUUUCAAGGAGAACUUUUUCAGUGACUGGAAAAAGAUUCUUGGAAAAAACCAUGUAAUUCAAAAUCUGGAAGACUGCGAUUUCGGUCCUAUAUAUGAGUGGCAUCAGAAAGAAAAGGAGAAAAAGAAACAAAUGACUACAGAGGAAAAAAAGGCUUUAAGAGAAGAAAAACUGAAGCAAGAGGAGAAAUACAUGUGGGCAAUUGUUGAUGGUGUCAAGGAGAAGGUAGGGAACUUUCGGGUGGAACCCCCUGGGUUGUUUCGAGGACGGGGAGAGCAUCCCAAGAUGGGGAAAUUGAAAAAGCGCAUCCAUCCAAAGGACAUAACUAUUAAUAUUGGGAGGGAUGCUCCAAUCCCUGAAUGUCCCAUCCCUGGCGAAAGAUGGAAAGAAAUAAGACACGACAAUACAGUGACGUGGCUAGCAUUUUGGAACGAUCCAAUAAAUCAAAAAGAAUUCAAGUACGUGUUUCUAGCUGCCAGCAGUACCUUAAAGGGGCAAAGUGACAAGGAGAAAUAUGAAAAAGCGAGAAAGUUAAAGGAACAUAUACAUCGCAUCAGAGCUGCUUAUACUAAGGAUUUUACUAAUAAAGAUGCCAUGAAGAAGCAAAUAGCAGUUGCUACGUAUCUGAUUGAUAAACUAGCACUCAGGGCAGGCAAUGAGAAGGAUGAUGAUGAAGCUGAUACAGUUGGUUGCUGCACGCUGAAAGUAGAAAAUGUAGAGCCCGUACCUCCAAAUACCUUAAAGUUUGACUUCCUUGGUAAAGAUUCCAUUCGAUACCAAAACGAGGUUGAAGUUGAACCUCCUGUUUUCAAGGCAAUUCAACAGUUUCGGAGUGGUAAAGAGGGUAGUGAAGAUCUUUUUGAUCGGCUUGACACCAGUAAAUUGAAUGCUCAUUUGAAGGAACUUAUGCCUGGUCUGACGGCAAAAGUUUUUCGUACAUAUAAUGCAUCUAUAACAUUAGACGACAUGUUGAGUAGGGAAACCAAGGGUGGAGAUGUCGCGGAGAAGGUUGUGGUAUAUCAACAUGCAAACAAGGAGGUUGCAAUUAUUUGUAAUCAUCAACGUACGGUCUCAAAAUCCCAUAGUGCACAAAUGACACGGUUGAAUGAAAAGAUUGAAGAACUCAAGGCUGUUUUGAAAGAAUUGGAAACUGAUCUAUCUCGAGCCAAAAAGGGGAAGCCGCCAACAAAGAGCCCCGAUGGGAAGCAGAAGAGAAAUUUAGCCCCUGAAGCGCUUGAGAAGAAAAUAGCUCAAACAAAUGCUAAGAUUGAAAAAAUGGAACGGGAUAAGUUGACCAAGGAGGAUUUGAAAACCGUGGCGCUGGGUACUUCAAAGAUCAAUUAUCUUGAUCCCAGAAUAACAGUGGCAUGGUGCAAGCGUCAUGAGGUUCCCAUUGAAAAGAUAUUCAAUAAGUCGCUGUUAGCAAAGUUUGCUUGGUCAAUGGAUGUUGAUCCCAGCUUCAGAUUCUGA